AUGCCCCCCAGUUUCUACAUCGCGCUUAUGUGGCAUGGAGGAGAUGAGAAAUAUUUAUCAGGCUUUCCAACUGCAUCUAGGCUUCCUUCCGAAGGUUGGGCUCCUGAAGGGAGGAGGCUUUUGAGAUUCAUGCUUGGUGUAGGGGCAUAUCACGAGAUUGCCUAA